AUGUGUGCAGGGAGCCGCUGUUGGUGCUGCUACGAGCCAAACGCGGUCGACGUUCUCUGGCCGCAGUGGAUCCUAGCAUCAUUGGGCCCGUCUGCGCAAGUCAGCAACCUUCAAGACAUGGACCAACAGGACACGCCCGUUGACACCUUUCAGAGAGUGGCAGAAAUCUGUCUUAGAGAAGGCUACAUUUCUACUCUGCACGAGUCUAUGCUUAUAUUUAUGCCGGAAAGUCCCCUGACACAACUCACUUCGUUCCUCUACCGAUGCAUUCGCCACCGCAACUUCGAUUCUGAGACGGUCAGAUUGCUCAGCAACUUCUUGCAGCACUGCCAACGUAAAUACAGUGUCGAUGCUGCCAACAUGACGUGGCAAUUGUCUAAAGAAGCACUGCAAAGGAUAGCGGUGGCGCUUGUCAAGAUAGCAAUCGGGCGGAGUUUUGACAGUGCUUUCCAUCAGCGAGAAUUCUUGAGAUGCCUCGCUGUGGCGCAGUUUGAGAAAAAUUGUACUGUGGCCACACCCAACUUCAUGACCUUAUAUGAAAUACUACAAAUAUCGAUGGAAACGUCAUUCGUAGUGGACAUAUCGAAACUGCUCCAAGACGACUCCAAGCAUUACCUGACCGAAUGUAUCGAUUUGUACAUCACUAACCGAAACUAUGAUGUUGCCCUCAAGAUAGCUAAACUGGCAAGUUUGCCUGUCGGUGAAAUUUUGAAAGCCGAGUGGACGCAUAAAUACCAAGUGCUGGUGAAUAAAGAAGAUGUUACUUUAGAAACCAAAGACAUUACAUUGUUUAUAGCUCAAUGCAGCGAAGCGUUCAAAAAAGCAUCCGUAACAUUCAAAGAAGGAACAGAUUUUCUCAUCCAACACACAGAGAACAUAACCGACUCCGUACAGAAGUUCUAUUCGUACAGGAUUAUAAUGAGUUGGUUCGAGGAAAAUUUGGAAUACGGUCAUAGAAGAGAGGAGAUCGAACAUCGAAUGUGGGAGGCAUACUUCGAUAGCGAGCCUCAUAAUGACGUGUUUCUCAACAACUAUUACAGUACUUUGCACUUUAUUUUGAACGGGCAGAAAGACCCUUCUGUGUCACGGAAAAUUGGCGUUGUGAAUGUUGAGAAGCCCUUUUCUUUGACUCUUGGGGAAAUAGAAAUCGAGUCAGACGUGGGUAAUAUAGAAAACGUGGUGAUGUUGGAAGAGGCUGAGGCUAUUGACGCUUGGAGGAAGGUUAUUAACCAGUUGUUGGAAUGGCGACUACUAGUAGAUGCGUUCAGACUCUCAGCUUUGUUUAAGACUCCACCGGAGUACCGGUAUAGGCAUCCCGCGUGUCCCGUGCAAAUUAUGAGGACCUGUCUGAAGUUAGCUGAAGGAUCGUGUACACCGUAUGAGCUACCACAGGAAUUAAGACUGGUGAUUUCAGUGCCGAUGCUGCAAAACAGAUUGACAAUCUCGGGGACUUCCGAUGCCAGUUUCGAAGAGCUGGUGGUAAUCCAGGAGAAACAGGACAAUGUACCAGAAAGUGCCCACUUGGCAGCUCGCGAGGAAGCCGAUAGAUUGUCAGCGCUUGACGCAUUAGCCGUCCGUAGCGGGUUGUCAUUGGCUAAACAGGUGGCGAGUUACUUCCGCAUAGCUUUACAAGUGGGUUGGGACUACAUAUCGGUGCUUAAGUACCAGAACCGCUCUGUGGACUUCAUCAACCUCGUCAGCGGCAGGGCGAAGAUGUCUCUGGCGAAUCUGGUCUUCAGGACUUUCAAUAUACCUUCGAAGCAGAUUGCAGAAUAUCUUUGCCGCGAAAUGGUAGCUGCCAUAAUAUCCCCCCACCUUGUAAAGACUUCCACUUUUCGCCAAAAAGAACACUUCCAAUACACCCUCUGGGGUUACACACUCAGUUCCGACGUAGAAAUGUUCCUGAACAUGCGACCUGACGCUUGUAGCCAAAUCGGCAGAUUGAUCCUCGACCAUCUGAUGGCAUUCCAAAAGAUAUACAAAGCGAAUACAGCAUCGAAACUUCCAGAAAACACAAUGGACGACAGUUCCCUCGACGUUGAAACGUUGAUAGACGAGGAAUACCAAAACGUGGAAGCCGAUGAAGUGGAAUCUGUAUUAACUGAAGAAGGAACCCUUAUGUCAGCUGAUACAGAGUCUAUUUAUUCUGUUUCCACAGUUUAUACUGUAGGGAACAAAAUGUCCAGAGAUUCGAGAAGAAAUCUUUUUGAUGUCAUUGCGAAAAGCAACGUCCAUAUUCGAUACGAGGUCAAGUCCAAUAUAAGGAAAAUUACGAAAGGCGCUAAACUGUCUACGAAGCAGGUGAACAUAAUAUCGAUCGAGCUGCUAGUUCUCGCGCACGAGUGUUUCUCUUGCGCGUGCGAUACGGAGGGCGUGGCCACAGCGCUGCGGUCUGCGCAGGCGCUCUCCGCUCGGUUGCUAGCGGCGCGCUCGUGGCGGCUCAUGGUGCGCCUGCUUACUGGACUGGCUCGCUACACCGAGUGCGCAUACAGAGCCUCAAGUUCGAGUUCAGGGUUGUCGUUUGCUGCAGGAUCAAGCUCGGAACAGGCAGGUGAGGGCGCUUCGUCCAGCAAAAACGGUGCUGUUGAGAUGGACACGACCCCGGAUAAACCGGACGAAGACUCUGGUGGUGUAUCCUCAACUAAUUCAAAUGAAGAAGACAAGGAUGUGAAUGGAGAGGUUUCAACCAGUGAGCCUGACGAGAAAGCUAAAGAGGCCCAAAAGGCGUCAAAAUCAAUCUCCACAGCCCCAGACAGCUCCGAAGACAACUGUCAUCAGCCGGAGCAAAGCGGAGAUGCCAAGCCCACUGGCAACGGUGCCAGCGCCUGCAACGGAGAGGUCACAGACUCCAAACAAACUGAUAAGGAAGAAGAUAACAUUACAUCUUCUAAUGGUGCUACCCCUGUGAAGGGGAAGGGCAAGGAGAAAGUAUCGCCCGUGUCGAGCACAGACAAAGCCGCGCCUGAGAGGCCUAAGAAGUCAAAGCUGCGUCGCGCGGCGGCGGCGGUCUACGAGACGCUGUUGAGACAAGCAGCCGAAGAAGACGACGAGAGCGACUCAAACGACGAAACCUUCGAAGGCGGCGAGAUCAACUCAUCCGACGAAGAAAACGUCAAUGGGCUCGAGGAAUCCUCCAAUGACGGUGAGGCUGAAGAGGAAGAGGAAUACGAGGCCGAGUCCAGCGAUGAGGAGGGCGAGGAAGACGCGUCCCUCACUGAGGAGCCCGGCAACGAUAGCGGCUGCACGGCGGUCGUGGCGCUCCUCAAAGGCAAUGAGCUUUACGUUGCGAACGCUGGCGAUUCGCGAUGCAUCAUCUGCAGAGAAGGCAAAGCUAUCGACAUGUCGAUAGACCACAAACCGGAGGAUACUCCCGAACUGGAGAGGAUCACAAAGGCCGGGGGCAAAGUCUCCAACGACGGCCGCAUCAACGGAGGCCUCAACUUGUCCCGGGCCAUCGGAGACCACUCCUACAAACAGAACAAGGAAUUGGACGCUAAGGAGCAGAUGAUCACAGCGCUCCCUGACGUGAAGACGCUGACCAUUGACCCGGUGAAGGAUCAGUUCAUGGUGCUGGCUUGCGACGGAAUCUGGAACUUCAUGUCUAGUCAAGAUGUGUGCGAUUUUAUUCUGCCCAGGCUGGCAGAGGGUCGCGAGAGGCUAUCGCAAAUUUGUGAAGAGAUGUUCGAUCACUGCCUAGCACCCAGCACCAUGGGCGACGGCACCGGCUGCGACAACAUGACCGCGAUCAUCGUGCGGUUCAAAGACGGCGCCAUCGCCGACGCCGCGUCCGCGUCCACAGACGGUGCCAAGAAGCGCGCCGCCGACGAGGAGCCGUCCGCCGACGACCAACAACACUCCAAGAGGCAAAAGGUCGACGACCCCCUCUCCAGUUCGGACGUCACGUCCAGUGUGUAACUAGCUUUAAGGACGAAGUGUUCAAGCCACGCAUAGUAUUCGUGAAACUUUCGGUGGAGACUAAUCUUUAUAAGUGGGAGUUUUCGUAGCAAUUAAUUUUCAGUUUUCUUUUUAGGGAAACGAUCCCUAUUUUGUGUCCGAUGAUCCCGACCACUAUUUGCACGUUUUAAAAUGCGAGUUGUCCUGUGUUAUCUAAUUUAGGAUGCAAAGAUCUGGAGUGAAAACUUUAUGAUAUCCCAGUAGAAAGCAGAUAGAAAUUGCGCAUGCACAUAGCUUGAGGAUAUAGAAAAGUUAAUGACGUUUAAUAUAAACAGUUAUUUUAAUAACAAUGAGAAAAUAUUAUGUGUAUUCAAGAUGCAUUUUGAAUAGUAUGUUUCUUCACGCCUGUGAAGAAACAAAGAGCCUUCUUAGAACUGUUGCAUUCACAAAAUGUUAGCAGUAAUGUUUGUGCUUUAGACAGAAUGGAUGAAUCAGGAUUCAUAAAAAUGUUUGGUAAAGCUGUAUGCUCACUAUUAGCAUGGAUAAAAUUUUUCAGUGUUUUGAUAAAGCUUUUAGAUACAAAGAUUUUGAUCAAUUAAAGUAACUUUUGAAUAGUGUGUGUACAGCUGAUGGGGGAGUUAUUAUUACUCCCAAAGUAAGAACUGACUUGUUGAUGAUAGGAUGUAGUAUUUAAGCAGUCUUAAGUGUAAGUUACUGAAUAAUUAGUGUUUUGAUUUUAGUUUUUUUAUUUCCAUAAUUACUUAAUAUUAGGUGAAAUCUUACUUUUUGAUUAAGGUAGCUAAAGAAAGCAAUUUAUGUUACUUGAUACAUUUCAGUCACAUUUUCAUCCAAAUUUUUGAAUAGUCUAUUGGUAACCAAAAAUGUGCCAUUUAGAAGUCAUUUCGUUUAAUAUCCCAUCGAAGAAAACGUUUUAAUUGAGUCAAAUAAAAUUUUUGAUGGCAUUAAUGCUUAUUGAGACAAAAGUUGUUUUGUUGUCGCAUUACUUUAAUAACGCGCAUUUACUUGCGGUUUAAGGAAAUUUAACUUAUUGACGAAGCAAUAAAUGUUAAUUCGAUUUCAUAAGUAACAUGUUAAUACUUUGGAUUUAUUAUGACUGGUCAAAUAUCUCAUGGUACUAAUUUUUGGCUAAAUAAAUUCAUGUUAUUAAAAUUAUGAUUGGAUCAAUCAAAUGUCUUGAGCCUUUCUAAAGGAGGCCAAUUUUGGAAAGAACAUAAGUAAUAUACAUUACUGCGUGGUUAAUGAUUGUCGACUUCAAUUUACAACAAUAAAAUAAAUUGCUGAUUUAAAGAUCGUAAAAGCCAUAGCAAAUUGAAUUCAAAGUGAUAGACAGUUUAGAUUAUUUUGCAGGCUCUAUUCCCAAUUGAACUCGCAACCAUUACGGCAGUAGGAAAGGGUUUUGGAUGGUGUUUGGUGCAAAAAAUUACAUUGGCAUGUUCCUACUACAUAAAAAUUAUUCUAAAAUUAACAUGAAAUCAAGGGAGUGUAUGUAUA